GCGGAGUGAUCCCGGCGAGCGGGUGCUGCGGCCGGGCCGGGUGAAUGGGAUUGAAGAAGAGUUCAGCUUCUCGGCUUGUUUUUGUGUCACAGUUUCUCUUCUCCUGCGCCUCUUCUGCUUCGUUCCUUUCUUCCCGUCCGCCCCCUGCUCCCCCCUGCAGGAGGAGCCCCCUGGGGAGAGGGGGAAGGAAAAGGACCUCCCAGAGGAGAGAGAGAAGAGGAGGAGGAGAAGGGAGCAACCUACCAUCUUCCACUCCCAGCUUAGAUUAAAGAAAGUGAGAGGAGGAGAGAGAGGAGCCCAGAAGAGGGGGACAGGGAGGCCCAGAGGAGCCGCAGCACCUUCCCCCUAUGAAGAAGAGCCCUCCCCCUCAGAGAGAGGUCCUGCCAGGGGGACCCCAGCCAGCCACCAGCAGCAGCACCACCAGCAGGGGGGGGCUAGAGAGCUGAAGGGGAAAAUCUGUUUUCCACAACUGCAAUAGUGUGGAGAAAAGGAACUUUCAUUUUCUGAAGCCAGAGACUGAACGCACUGUGGAAUUAGUAAAGAGACAGCUAGAAAGAGUGGAGAAAGUAGAGAAUGGAGUUGCAGACUCUACAGGAGGCUCUGAAAGUGGAAAUUCAGGUUCACCAGAAACUGGUUGCCCAAAUGAAGCAAGAUCCACAGAAUGCUGAUUUGAAGAAACAGCUUCAUGAACUCCAAGCCAAAAUCACAGCUUUGAGUGAGAAACAGAAAUCUGUAACUACAGCUUCUAUGAUCACCACUAAGACACUACCUCUCGUCUUGAAAGCAGCAACUGCAACCAUGCCUGCCUCUGUUGUGGGUCAAAGACCUACCAUUGCCAUGGUUACUGCAAUCAACAGUCAGAAAGCGGUCCUCAGCACCGAUGCACAGAAUACACCAGUCAACCUCCAGACGACAAAUAAGGUUACUGGUCCAGGAGCAGAGGCAGUCCAAAUAGUGGCAAAAAACACAGUUACUUUGCAGGUUCAGGCUACACCUCAGCCCAUCAAAGUGCCACAGUUCAUCCCUCCUCCCAGACUCACUCCUCGUCCAAAUUUUCUUCCACAGGUUCGACCCAAACCAGUUGCCCAGAAUAACAUUCCUAUUGCCCCAGCACCACCUCCGAUGCUUGCAGCUCCUCAGCUUAUUCAAAGGCCUGUGAUGCUGACAACAAAGUUCACACCCAGCUCUUUACCCACCUCACAGAACUCCAUACACCCAGUUCGUGUUGUUAAUGGGCAGACAGCAACCAUAGCCAAAACUUUCCCUAUGGCACAGCUCACCAGCAUCGUGAUAGCAGCCCCAGGUACCAGGCUUGCUGGACCUCAGACUCUACAGAUCAGCAAACCAAACCUUGAAAAACAGACUAUUAAACCCCAUGUGGAAGCAGAGGAGAAGCAAACAGAGAGUCGUACCGUUACUCCACCAGCUGCACCCAAGCCAAAACGAGAAGAAAAUCCACAGAAACUUGCCUUCAUGGUGUCUUUGGGACUGGUUACACAUGACCACCUGGAAGAAAUCCAAAGUAAGAGACAAGAGAGGAAAAGAAGAACAACAGCAAAUCCAGUGUACAGUGGAGCCGUUUUUGAGCCUGAGCGUAAGAAGAGUGCAGUCACAUACCUGAACAGCACAAUGCAUCCUGGGACACGUAAAAGAGGUCGUCCACCUAAAUACAACACGGUGCUGGGGUUUGGGGCUCUGACCCCUACAUCCCCUCUAUCCAGUCAUCCUGACUCCCCUGAAAAUGAAAAGACAGAGACCACAUUUACUUUCCCCGCAUCUGUUCAGCCUGUGUCCCUGCCUAGCCCCAGCUCCACAGACGGCGAUAUCCAUGAGGAUUUUUGCAGUGUUUGCAGGAAAAGCGGGCAGUUGCUGAUGUGUGACACAUGUUCACGUGUGUAUCACCUGGACUGUCUGGACCCACCUCUGAAAACCAUUCCCAAGGGCAUGUGGAUCUGUCCCAAAUGUCAAGACCAGAUGCUGAAGAAGGAAGAAGCAAUCCCAUGGCCAGGGACUUUAGCAAUUGUUCAUUCAUAUAUUGCAUACAAAGCAGCAAAAGAAGAGGAGAAACAGAAGCUACUUAAAUGGAGUUCAGAUUUAAAACAAGAAAGAGAACAACUAGAGCAGAAGGUCAAACAGCUCAGCAAUUCCAUAACAAAAUGUAUGGAAAUGAAGAAUACCAUCCUGGCAAAACAGAAGGAGAUGCACAGCUCCUUGGAGAAGGUAAAACAGCUGGUUCGCCUCAUCCAAGGCAUUGACCUUUCAAAAUCCAUAAACUCUGAGGUCAAUUCAGUAGCCAUCUCCAAUGGCAUGGACUCAACUAACAAUGCUAAUGCUGCCGCCUCCACCCCAGCCCCAGCCCCAGCCCCUUCCCAGGGCUGCAUGGUGAACUGUAACAAAGGCGAUGAGACUAAAUAACACAGUGAAGUAAGAAGGAGCCGAGGGAGGUGGCGGCGAGGAGGAGCAGCAAAAUAAUGAAACUCUAGAAAAGCAAAACCGGAUUUCUUCUGGAAAGUGCAGAAUUCUUUAGUUCUUUGGUUCCAGAGAGAGCGUGAAGAUGCUUGUGCCAGGCGGCACCGGAGUUUGCCAAUUGAUCCUUCUUAUUCUGUGUGUACAUGCAAAGUUUGGAUCAUGUUACAUGAAUAGUGCCAGCUGGGGGUUCUUUGCCAGCACCAUGCCAAGUGAAAUAAUAUAUUUACUCUCUCUAUAUUUUACACCAGUGUGUGCCUGCAGCAGCCUCCACAGCCACUAUAGGUUUGUUUUAUUUUUGUUUGGGGUGAGGAGCAGGGAUGAGGGAGGAGAGCAGGUUUCAAAUCCUUAUUUGCAGAACAGUUUGUUUAGCUAGGGAAAAAAUAAGUCCAAAGAGCCUGUGGGCUUUUCCUGUUUCUAAACUCUCAGUACUAUUAAACCAAAAAAACAGAAGUAUAAAUUAACAAAUCCCAGUGCCCAGAGGGGACAAGUCUAUCAAAUAAGCAGUAUUUACUAUUGUUUAGACAGGAGAUGUACAAAACAAAAUGGGGAUGGAUUUUUCACUGAGUAACGAGCACAUGUGCAGGCUGGGGAUUUUCUGUCCUGGCAGCUUUGGGUUAACCCUGUUUCUUAACACUAGACAAAUGAAAUGCAUUGGAGAAUUGGACUGGUUUGGAUCAUCAAGUUGAUCCAGGAAGCCUUUGUUGGGAGAGGGAGAAGAGGGGACCAAAAUGGUUGAGUUGAAGCAUUGAAAGGGGUGUCUCAAGGGAAAAUGUGCAUCAAUGACUUUACUUGAAAACGAGGUUCCAACCCUUUUCUAUAUUUAUAAAACAACAAAAAUAUCCUGAACAAAGCAGCACAUGACCCAGAUGUGUGAACUGAACAGAGAAAUGUCCUUUUCUUUCAUUUCCUCUCUUUCUUUUGGUAACGAAAAAUAAAUAAGGAAUAGAAAAGCUGUUAUUCAGGCUGACAGUCUAAUUAAAGAGGUAGAUGGGACCUUGCAUGGUAUAGAUUAGAAGUAAUAGUGUCAGUGAGAUACAGUGAGUCUUUGUGAGUCCUUGUGUCAUCGUUUUGGGCACUGUUUUUUUAUGCAAGGGCAAAAUCUUUGUAUCUGGGGAAAAAACAACUUUUUUUAAAUUAAAAAGGAAAAUAAAAGAUAUUGAGGUCUUCCUAGUGUUACUUAAAAUAAGAUCAAGGUAAGAAACAUUGUAAAAAUUAUAAAAGUGCUAUUUGUUUCCUAAACAAGUGAUUUCUAUUAAAAAGGUGUCAGAACUGGAGAAAAUGCUGUGUGCUUAGAAUUUUUUGACACAGACUUUGCCUAUUAUGAUGACAUUCUGCUGUGUUUGUGUUUUAAAAUCCCCUGGGGCAGGUUUCCGUAGGUUAUAUCAUACAUGCCACUGGCUGAAUUCUAAGUGCUGCAACUCACUCUCCAUCAGGAGGAACUCUCUGUGUUGUCUCUCCUUUUAUCACAUGUCCCCAUUCUUUUGUGUGUUAGUAGCCCAGAAAAGAGCACUGGCAGCUUGAUUGUUAAAGCCUUUAUGCUUUUGUAAUAUUUAAAUAUGGACUGAUUAGAGCACAGGUGUAGAAUUAAUUGGGAUGAAAGACAGUGGAUUUGUUACACCUGAAAUCUCCUUUUGUCAUAUCACCUUAUUUCAGAAUUCCAUCUCUUUCAUAUUCUAGUGUGACUGGGGGUAGCAGAGCAUAUCUUGUGAGUUCCAUUGUUACAGGGAUUGUUUGUGUCAGUUAAGAGUGCUGGACAUGCAGUGGCUAUCAGUUCUGCUAAUGCAUAUGAAUACAUUGGGCCAAACUCCCUCUGGCUUCAGUGGGAGCAAUGUUUGGCACACUAUGCAGAGGGACUCAGGCAGAGCUCCUUGUGUGGUGGUGAGUGGUGCAUGUGUUUCAAUAACCAGGUAGACCUGCUCUGGUGGUGGCAAAGCUUUGCAUUUUGCCUACUAUGUUCUGGGCAAAGCAGAGUGAAUACCCUGACCUUGACAUAGCCUGAGAAUCUCACUGCAGCCACAGCUGCAUAUGCUUCUUGAAGAUUCUUGGCGCUGUUUCCUUCACUCUCCUUUAGUGUCUGUUUUCACUAGCACUUUGUUCCUCAAGGACACUUCCCCUUCUCCAGUGACGUGAACACACACUUUUUUCAGCUCUGAGCCCAGGAGUUGAUCCUCAGUUCUUACAUUUGUCAGUAGAUUUGGAGGAGGAAUUCUUGUGUGCUCUUCUCAGCUUACCCUAUGAUAAACUAGACUUUAUCUUCAAAUGUCUUUGUUCUGUUCUGAAGCCAGCUAAGCAGCAAAGACAGUUAGCAGGAGUGGCAAAGCAGGAACGCAGCCCUUGAAACAAAUUUAAAACUGAUCAAAGGAAAUAGUUUGUUUGUAACAACCCACAAUUAACCUGUGUAACUCAUUGCCACAAGGUAUCAUUGGAGCCAAUUGCUUAGUAGAAUUUUUAAAGGAUCCAAUAUUUAUAAGGAUAAUGAGAGAAAAUAAACUAGGGAUAUAAGCCCUCUUGCUUUAGGGCAUAAGCCAGCCACUACAGAGAGUUUUCUUGCACCUCUCUCUGAAGAUACUAUGUCAGAGACAGGCUACUGGAUUAGAUGGACCCCCCGUCCGACCUGGCAUGGCAAUUCCCAUGUUCCUGUGAUUCCCCCAGUGUUAUCUUCACAGUCCUGUUUGGAGCAAUGUGCCAUUGGGGGUCACAAUGCAUUUGAAGGCUGAAAACUGGUUUGAUUUCUCCUCCACCUGUUACUGGAAGGGGCUGAGGUUGGAAUUCAGUGUUGGUCUUACUUGUUUUGAAAGGCAGUGCAGCACCCAGGAGCUGUUAAUACCUUGCCCUUUUCAUUCCAUCCCUGUGAACACACCCACUGUCCCUUUCUGAGGGUGUCUGCUUGUCUCUAGGCUCUGAAGAGAUGCGUCAAUUUACUUAAGUCUAAUUUCUACCCAUGUUAAAGUUUUUGUUAGAAAAAAUUUUCCAGACUACAAAAGCCUACCGUCAGUUCCACUAUGACCUGGCAGAGAAAUGGUCUUAGGUUAGAGUUUUUGUCUCUGGUAGAUUGUUUCCUUCUCUCUGAUCCUUUUUGGUAUGCUUCCCCUAUUGGCUCUGCAGCAACAUCAGUUAAUAGGCAAGUACCAUUCCAAGAGCUGUGCUGACAUUAGCAAUGCUGCUGCUGCACAGACAUUAAGUAAACAGGAGCCACUGCUGUCCAGCUGGAAACAUUGGGCAGUGAGGGAAUUGACAUUUACUAAAUAGAAAAUAAUAUAUAUAUAUAUAUAUAUAUAUAUAUUCAGCUGCUCAAAGGAGUCCCAAACAAUGCAGAAAUUACAACUGUUUGGUAGUUAGCUUUUAGCUUGCAUUACUAUCUGCUGCCUUUUCUUUCCUAUCAUAUUUGGUAUGGUCUGAUGGUGCUGAAACCUCUCCAAUUCUAAAUUUCUCUGAACUGAGGCCAUAUGGAAAGCUACAUAUAAUAAUACUUAGUAUUUUGUAUUUCCUAAGCAGCAUAUGGACAUUUAGCUAAUCCUUAUAUCACUGCCAGGAGUAGGUGACUUCUUAUUCCCAUUUUAAAGAUGGGGAAACUGAGGCAGGGAGCUAAAGUGAGGCCACAAAAGGAGUCGGUAUCAGAUGCAUCUCUGGCUCCCAGCCCAAUGCUCAGUUCACUAAGUCAUGCUGCCUCUCUCCCUGCUCAGAAAAAGAACAAGUGAAUUUUAGAAACAGCUUUUCCCUUAUCCUUGCAAUCUGUUCUUAAAAUGUCUGGAAGGUGCAUUUGUGGGAUAUCACGUAGCCUUGACAGAAUACUUAGUAUGAUGAUGAGUUGUUAUUUGUUUAGAGCCAGCAGUGUGCUCAGUGCUGUACAAAACAGAUAAUCACAAAGUAGUACCGGUAUGGUUUAUUGGUGGACAAUGUAGGAGACUUAAUGGUUCUGUGAGUGCAUCACUGACAGGUAAUUAUCAGUGGUAGGAUAAAAUGCUUUGCACCUAGGGAAUCCUGGUUAACAGGAUCUGUUACAUGAGCAACACAAGAAUCUUAUUCGCUCUUAGUUGCAAACAUGACUCUAUUGGUAAUGAUGAUAAUUUACAUCUGCCUAUCUAGAGUUACAUGGUUGUGGAGAUUUUGUGGGCAGAUCUGUUAGAUUAGUUGUUGAUAGGAAGUCAGUGAUGUAUUUUAUUGACAGUAUGACAAGGCUUCAGAAAGCAAAUCCAUAUCCAAGCUGUCUGGAGAUGUGAAAAUUAAUCCUGGCCUCCUCAACUUCAGAUCAGCGUCUUCCAGGGACUGUCCGAGGCCCAUCCCUUGUACUCCGAGCCUGGCCAGCAUUCACAAAGCCCAGAGUGAAAUCCUCCUCUUGUGGCUGCCUGAGGUAUGUGGUAUAAAUGAAGGUGUCCUUAUAAUACAGAUGUAGCAAAACAUCGUCAAUGAAUUUGCACUGCAGGUGUACCCCCUAGCAAGGCUGAACCAUGUUUGAUUUGCUCUCUCAGCACCAGCUUAAUACAGUGUGAAAAUUAAACCUAUUUUUUAAAAAUGGAAUAUUCAGAUGUCAAAACCUAAACUGUUUUUGCUGGAGGCUUCCCUGGUCCAGCCUUCUCAAAGCACAGAAGAGUAGUGAUGACGUGACCAGGCAUAGGGUAGGAUGUUUUGUUGCACCUGCCCCAGGCACUUCAGCUCUAUCCCCAUCCCCGCUCAGGGCACAGACAAGAAUUUUGGCUGAUAUGGGAUCUGAGGUGAGCAGUGGGCCCAGCUCUCCUUUGGCCACCUUCCAGGACCCAGACCAGGGCUAGUUUGAUGAGACUCAAUCAUUGGCACUACAUGUGGUCUACUAAGAAGUCCAGCAUGCCUGAGCUACAGUUAGAGCCUCUUCAUGCACCACCAUAGCAAGAAGAGCCUCAAUAGCAGCGGUUCCAAGGUGUUCCUGCACCAUAAAUAAUUUUACCACCAGCCUCUUGGCUCUCCCUCCCGCCUCUUCACACAUCCAUGAGGGGAACAUGCUAAAUACUCCCUCAGCAGCCCAGCCACGAUGAGCUCUACUGCUCCCCCCACUCUUAUGAGCUUCUCCAGUAAUCGUACUACUUUCUUCCCACCAAAAGAGGGAUGCCCAAGCCACAUCCACUAUAAAGCUCCCUCAGUCCCUUCUUCCCCUCCCCUUGUCCUGCUGGCAAUAGCAAUUAUAGUCUGGUAAUCAGGCUUUAAGGGCUUCUUGAACACUGAGGAUUCAAGGCAAGUUCAGGCUUGCCAGGUUGUCACAGAAAACUUACUCCCAAGACUGCUUCCUCCUGGAUUUUUCUGUACAGAAGAGGAUUUGCAUAGAUGGCUUUUUCAACCCAUAGAGAAAGGAUAAAUGUUUUCCCCUGCACCUGACUUGCUUGGCAUUAUCAAGGACUCCUGGGCUCACUUGAUCAGCAAACUGCCGCACCCAAGGCCAUUCACAAGCUGUAUCACCAGCCAGAAGUGGGCUCUGCAGUCUUCUCUAUUUAGAGGACACAACGUCUCCUAAGGCCUCUCCAACAGAAAGCUAA